ACAAUAACAACAGGUCAGUCUAGUGUCGCCAGGGAGGGAGGAGACAUGUCUCUCUUUCUCUCCAUAACUACCUUAUAACCCGUCAAAACACCUGCGAACUUACCCCAUAGAGAUGUGUGUCAUGGCCGGCGGUAAAGGGAUCAUUAUUCAAAGCUUUUAAAGAUAAGUUUGUACCAUCGUAGUUUAGUUAUCCACUGUUAAAUCAACUAAUUGUGGGGGUACUUGUCUUCGUGUGAUGUCAUGUUCACGGUGUUUCUCAUCUCGUAGUAUAAUUGACGUCAUUCAGCUGGUGCAAAAGUGACAUCGGUGACCAGUGUGAGAGAGAGUCAUCAUGGGAGGAGGCUACACAAACUCACAGACGUGGGAGAUCAUCUUUCAGGCCUGGUGGGAGUCUUUGGAAGUGUCUUGGAAUAACACUUCGUUUAUCUUCCUGGCGUCCGUGGCACUGUCGAUGGCACUGGUCGUGGCAUCGUGGAUGACGUGGUCCUCGGGCGACGACCUCGACCUCGGCCACGAAGACGAGAGCGAGAGGACGAAAUUACAGGACGUCCAGGAGGUGAAUUCGGACCAAGAGUCAGAACACGAGGAACCAGAUGAGGGGAAGGAAGAGAAGAGUGUGGAGGAAGUGUACGGCCUGAACCACCAGCUGACGGGGGAGGUGAAGAAGGUGGAGCGUCGGGCCCUAGAGAGGACUGUUGAGAGCCAGAUGACCGACGAACAGAGGCAGGCAGAGAGGGAGGCACAGACUGAGCAGCUGGCGGCCAUCUUCAAAAUGAUGCAGGAUCAAGAGGAUAAAUUUGGCCAGACUACAAUAGACGACAUCAAGGACCAAAUGAAGUUAUAUUGUGGUUAAGACGCGACACAACACACAAGGGAGAGGUGUAGCCCGGCCUAUACCUAGACAGUGAGAGGAGUGACUUGUAUCAUCACUUAAAGAUGAACCAUUUUGAUAAUUAUUUUGUUCAUUAUGCCAUAUGUUAACCUCUUAAGUGUUCCUGGUGAAUAUAUCGUGUGUGUAGUGUCUUAUGCACGUUAAUUUAGAAAUUUAUCUAUAUUUAUAUACUUGUACUAUAUAUAAACACACAUAUUGUAUUGUGCACAUAAUUACUGUAAGAAUAAUAUUUACUGUAGUGUAUUGUUGACUUGAUAGAUCAGUUUGGUUGAUAUUUGGCCGAGACCUAACCUAACCUAAUUCACCCUAGCCAAACCUAACCUAACCUGACCUAAAUAAACAGAAUCUAACUGAACCCAGCCUAGCCAAACCCAGCUUAGCCAAACCCAGCCUUACCAAACCCAACCUAACCCAUCCCAUCUUAAUCUAACCUAACAUAACCAAGCCAAACAACACAUGACCUGACCUAACCAGAAAUGACGUGCUGAUUUUAUUAUAUGUGACGCUGUGCUCCUUCUGGGGUAUUGGUUAGGUUAAGUUGGAUUGGUUUAGUUUAUGUUUGGUUGGGUUAUGUUUGGGUUAGAUAGGUUAGGUUGGUUUUGAUUAGGUUAGGAGUUGUGGCUUAUGACUUUCUUUCCUCUUGAGUGAAUUUAUCGGUCGCUGUUGUUGUUCUGAUACAUUCACCCCCAAAAGAAUGAUGAAAAUGAGGUGACCAUCAGUGUGUCUUAAGGUGUAGCAUAUUUGAGACACCCUGUAAAGUAUGGUGCACCACUUAUGAGACACCCUGUAAAGUAUGGUGCACCACUUAUGAGACACCCUGUAAAGUAUGGUGCACCACUUAUGAGACACCCUGUAUAGCUUGUUGUAUGACCAUGGAAAUCAUUAAGGCAGCAUGUAUACAUAUUUCUGAGACACCCUGUGAGUUGUUUUUUUUUGUAUGAUAAAAAAAGUAUGUUCCUAAAUAAUCCUAUAUAUUAAAAUUAAACACUGAAUUAA